AUGGACUAUCAACAAGAGAUCUCAAAAACUUCAGCGCGAGUUAGUGCUCGACGGGAGCGCGAGGAGUUACUACAUGGCGGCAGUCCUCCCCCGGCUGCGGCGGCUGGCCUCAGCAGACGAGACCAAUAUGCCAAGGAAGCUAAUCAUUUGCACAGCUCACAUAUGCUGGUGGACGAACAGAUAAGCAUUGCGAUGGAGGCGCGGGAGCAUCUCUCCUCACAGCGUCAAACAUUCAAACGGAUGCAGACUAGGUUUAACGACAUUGCUAACAGGUUCCCAAUGCUGAAUAGUCUUAUCUACAGAAUAAACUCCAGAAAACGACGCGACUCCCUUAUCCUUGGUCUAGUUGUUGCUGUAUGUACAUUCCUGUUACUGUUCUACGCCUUCCAUUGA